CCUUUUCUGUCUUGUGAUUGGUCAAGUAGCCUCUCCUCCCUUCUGAUUGGCCAGAAGUGGCUAAUAGGCGGGGCGGCGAAGCGGCGGCGGGAAUUGCGACGGCGGCGGUGCGGAUUUUGCUGCAGGUGGCAACUGAUUGUCAUGACUUCAGACGUUUCCCUCUGAUUUGCUUGUUCACUGGGCCAAAGUGAGAGAUGGCUGCAGAAGCCAAGUACAGCAUUAUUCGGGAAGUGGGCCGAGGGAACUAUGGGGUGGUUUAUGAGGCAAUUGUUAACAAAACCAGAAGCAAAGUAGCUGUGAAAAGGAUGCAGUGUAACGUGCCUGAAAACGCAGAGCUGGCUUUGCAAGAGUUCUGGGCCCUGCAAAGCAUCCAGAGGCAGCAUGAGAACGUGAUCCAGUUGGAGGAGUGCAUCCUGCAGAACGGCCGAGUCUUUCAGCCCAUUAGUCACCAUUACAGGAAGUCAGACAGCCACUUGCUGCUGAUCGAGACCUGUCUGAAAGGGCGCAGGUGCAUGGACCCCAAAUCGGCCUGCUUUCUGUGGUUUGUGAUGGAGUUCUGUGAUGGUGGCAACAUGAAUGAGUACCUGCUGUCCCGCAGCCCGGAUGCCCAGCUGAAUAACAGCUUCAUGCAGCAGCUCAGCAGCGCUGUGGCUUUCCUGCACAGGAACCAGAUUGUGCACAGAGACCUGAAAGCGGACAAUAUUUUGAUCUCUCAUAAACGUGGGAAUCCCAUAGUAAAGGUGGCAGAUUUUGGCCUCAGCAAGGUGUGUCGGGGGAAAGGGAACGUGAACCAGCAUCGCUUCUCCUCUGCGUGCGGGUCAAACUUCUACAUGGCUCCAGAAGUGUGGGAGGGUCACUACACAGCCAAGGCUGAUGUGUUUGCCCUCGGGAUCAUCUUCUGGGCUAUGGUGGAGAGGAUCACCUUCCGAGAUGGAGAUACUGAGAAGGAGUUGCUUGGAACUUACAUCUGCCAAGGCAAGGAGCUUAUUCCUCUUGGGGAAGCGUUGCUGGAGAAUCCCAACCUGAAGCUACAGAUUCCUCUGAAGAACAAGAAGUCCAUGCCAGAUGAUCUCUGCAAGCUCCUGCACGAUAUGUUGGCUUUUAACCCAAAGAAAAGAUUGGACUCCUUCCAGCUGGAAGUCCGAAUCAGGCAAAUCUCCUACGGCAAGAAGUGCCAGCGCUCCCUCUCAUAGAGACAAAGGGCACUCAGGUGUUGUGUCCCACCGUGCUCUGGAGGCCUCACAGAUGGUGAACAGCUGAUUUGGAAUGAUGGUGGGAGAUGGAUACAGAAACCUUGCUGCCUUCCAGUUUCCCUCAGACGGUUUUAUUUAAAUGGACAGUAACUUUAUUUAUUUGUACAGUAAUUUUAAGAGAACUACAAAAUUUUUAUUUCUAUGCAAGCUUUCCUUUUUUAACAUGAUUCUAUGAUUCUAUGUGUUCUUUAAUGCAGCAAGUGGCAUAGGUGAAACCCUGGCUGGGAUGAUCUGACCUGUUUGGCUACACGUGGCACAGGGGUUUCUGAAGUGGUUUCCUUUCAGAGAACCCUCAUCCAUCCUCCUGCUGCCACUCUGUGCCUGCCCUGUUGGAGGACCCCAAAGAAAUGGGCCCAAAUGGUCUCAAGGCUGUCACCUCUGCCCUGCUGCAUGUUGACUGGCUCUCAGCCCUGGCUUCGUGCUGGCAAUGCGACGUUGCUUGUCCUUGGCACAGAAGGCAGGAGUUGUCUUUGCGAGGUUUAAUUGGAGCUUUGUGUGUGAUUCCUCAUGCUGCUGGGCCACGUAACUGAGUGAUGGCUGUGGGAUGAGCUGGCACAGCGCUCGGUGUCUGCUCUGAGAAGUUUGAACAGAAACAAAAAUGUAUUUUCCUCACUUUUGAAUAUUCUUGCUUAGAUUAACUAAAAUGCUUUCUUAAAAUAAAUACAAAGAAUGUUAAAGAUGCCAACUCUUGAUUAGAACGUAUGCGUCACUAACACUUAAAGUAGUUUAAGGAAUCAUGCUUCCUGCUGUGUUAGCUGCUUGUGCCAGCUGUUCUUACAAGAGAAAUGAAAAGGACUGAACUGGAAUGUUGGCAGGUAAAUGGGGACUCUAAUUUGUACCCUGUUUGAAAAGUAUUUUUAUGAGUCUGUAAACCACUGCUGAUCUUUUCUUUCCUUGAGAAACUGGGAGCCCCUGAAUGCUUCCUUCUGCACUCCUCUGUUGUCCAAAGCUGAAAUAGUGUCCUUCAGGGACAGCUUCCCCUCCUAGGAAAGGACCAAACUGCCCAAAGAGAGGUGACUUGGGGAGCCUCUUUGCAAUGUAGCAGACCUUGGCUAGCUGUGUGCUUCUCCCUGCUGGAAGAUUGUGAGUGCAGUAGAGAAGGCUGCUUGUAAGCAGUGUCAGAAGCCUAAUUCAUGGAGAGGAUCUUUCCUCCUGCAGUGUCUUUAUCCAGAGGCUGUGCUGCCCUUCUGUGAGGACUGACUUGGAAUGUUUUCUCGCUUGCUCCCCCAGGCUGCAAAAUACAGCCUUUAGUUGUCCUGCUCAGACAAGCAGCUGUUGACCUCUACCCCUGUGACAGAUCACUGAUGGGUGGCUCUGUGGUGUUCCCUGAGUACAGCUGUUGUGAGAACACGGGAAUUAAGUUAAAUCAUUAAACUCUGCUUGACUUUUGGAUUUAGAGAAUCCCGAAUGCAGAGGUGCUGCUGGGUGUGCAGCAAGGAAAGACCGGGUGCUCUGAAGCUUGUUUGGCUCUUGAGGCAUGUGCUGGAGGUUGGCAGUGGCCUGUUGGUAGCAGUCUGCAUCUCUUGUCCGAGAGCUGGUUGACCCUCUUCAGGAGAGAGCUGCUGUCCCAGCACUGCUACAAGACAGCUGCUUUGGAGCUGCUUGGAGAGCCUUGCUCUGCACCCACACAGCUCAGGCUGCCUUAAUUCUAGCUGCUGCCUUCAUCUGCAACUCAUAUUUGCUCUCUGUGAGGUCACAACUGUACGUGGGUUUUUCCGAGGUGCAGCCUUCCCUUGUCCUGCUCUGCAGAGCUGCUGAAGUAUGAAUUCUUCAUCUUUCUCUUGCCCGUCCCAUAACUGCUGCAGCCAUUGCCUCUUCUCUGCUCCCUGCUGUCAGAGCAGGCGAGUGCUCCUGGCCCUGCAGGAUAACUUGAUUCCAGGCCCUUUGUCUGCAAUGUGGGUAGGUUUGUGUGCCCUUUCUCCACAUGGAGGAAAUGUGGGGUGUGAGAAUGGUUGUUUACUCCUUUUCCUCCUUGUUUUGCCAUGCUAGGAUAUCAUCCUCACGGCUGCUGAUGUUUUUUUAGCAACAUGUACACCACUUGAGUCCCUGUACCUUAUAAAUUAAUAAAAUGCUGUGUGUUUUGUGCUUGUU